AUGGCUCAUUCUAUAACACCCAAGGACCGUCACCGGCCGUCUAAUCUGAGGACUAUUUCUGCUGCUAGUUCGAUAAUGGGUGCAGAAGGCAUUAUGACUCCUCACAGCGAGCAAUCCGAACGCGAACAACUCUUGGAGACUGAUAUUGAACGCCUCGGAGGUAUCAGUAGAGACUCGCAGUAUGGCUCUACCUCUGCUCGUGCUAUAGGCAGAAAAAAGUUGAGGAAAAGAGUUAAAUAUUAUAUUCCCUCGCUUUCAUGGAUACCCAAUUACUCUGCCUCAUUAAUAGGCGGUGAUUUGCUGGCCGGACUCACUGUAGCGAGCAUGUUAAUUCCACAGUCUGUCAGUUACGCUUCAUCACUAGCUAAGCUCAGCCCAGUGACUGGUCUGUUCUCAGCUUCAAUACCAGGGAUAGUUUACGCGUUCCUCGGCACAUCGCGGCAUCUGAACGUUGCUCCUGAAGCAGCUCUGAGCUUAUUAUUGGGUCAAGCUGUAGACGACAUUCGGCAUGACCUAGAUGACCCGCAUUCUGAUAAAGGAGAUGCAAUAGGUCUGGCUGUCGCGACCAUCAUUACCCUUCAAGUUGGAUUGCUUUCUUUCAUAUUUGGUUUCUUUAGAUUAGGGUUCCUUGACGUGAUUCUCAGUAGAGCGCUCCUUCGUGGUUUCAUCGCCGCUAUGGCUGUCAUUAUCCUGAUUGAACAAUUGAUACCGAUGUUUGGACUUGUCCCCAUGGAACGAUUGCUACAUCCUGCCACCACUAUCGAGAAACUCUUGUUCCUUGUCGAAAAUAUGUUUACGCAUGGAAACCCUAUGACAGCGAUUAUCAGUUUUGUCGCUCUCGGGACAUUGAUUCUUCUAAAAUUCCUCAAAGGGUGCUUCAAAAAGUAUUGGUUCAUUUAUAGGAUACCUGAAGUUCUUGUGGUAGUAGUGGUUUCAACAAUCCUAUCUCGCGAAUUUCGAUGGGACGAGAAAGGUGUUGAUAUCCUAGGCAGUGUGAAGGUCGUCACUUCUGGCAGCUUCUUCCAAUUCCCCAUCCGCUCGUCCAACAUGAAGUAUCUUCGAAGAACUACUUCUACCGCAGUCGUCAGCGCCGUUGUGGGGUAUCUGGACAGUAUGGUUGCAGCUAAACAGGCCGGGUCGCGCUUUGGCUACGGCAUCAGUCCGAAUCGUGAGCUCGUUGCGCUAGGUGCUGCAAACAUUGGUGGUUCGCUCAUUCCUGGAACCUUACCUGCUUUUGGGUCAAUCACAAGGACACGAAUCAAUGGAGAUGUGGGAGGAAGUACGCAAAUGGCCUCCCUGGUGUGCUCUGCUGUUAUUUUGUUGGCAACGUUUUACUUGCUACCCUUGCUUUAUUACCUCCCGAAAUGUGUUCUGGCGUCAAUAAUUACACUGGUGGUGUUCUCUUUGAUACAAGAAACUCCUCACGAUUUGAUAUACUAUUGGAGGAUGAGCGCAUGGAUGGAUCUCCUUCUAGUUACUCUAACCUUCGUACUAUCAAUAGUAUGGAACGUUGAAGUCGGAAUUGUAGUCAGCUUGGUCAUCUCGCUUUUGCUUGUCGUCAGACGUUCUUCGAAAACCCGAAUGACGAUUCUAGGUCGCAUACCGGGAACAGAUCGUUGGAAGCCUAUCAAUGAGAAUCCAGAGGCAGAGGAGGAUGUUUCUGGUGCUUUGAUUGUGCGAAUCCGGGAGAAUUUGGAUUUUGCCAAUACUGCCCAGUUGAAAGAACGACUGAGACGUCUAGAGCUAUAUGGUGUAGAUAAAUCUCAUCCCUCAGAAGAUCCACGUCGAACUCAAGCUACCGUGCUCGUGUUCCAUAUGGCAGACAUGGAUGAUUGUGAUGCUAUUGCCUGUCAGAUAUUCUAUGAACUCAUAGAAGAAUAUCGGAAUCGUGGUGUUGGCAUUUUCAUCACACAUCUUCGGGCUGAACCAUUGAAAGCCUUCGAGAAGGCAGGCAUAGUCAAGCUGUUGGGCGCGGAUGCGUUUGAGGACAAUGUCGCUGAUGCAAUGGGGAAGAUACGGCCAAACCGGUGGUAGGAAAAGCUUUGUAGCACUUUUUACGACCGUUCACGACAUCUACUACAUGGUAUUGUAUAUCUUUGUUGCAUUGCACAUUUUGGAAGUAAUAUAUACAUCGGCUUGUUGAUUAUACUACGUGUUAAAUCGAGCUACGGCGCUUCCAUCCAAAUGCACGUACCGGUGAUCCAUCGCACUUGGGAAGGCUGAGCGGGAUGAUACUAACCGAUAACUCUGAAUCGGUCCCACCUUCUGCUUCCAGUUCCACCAACGCCUUCAAGUUG